UGAAAAGUCUUUACAGAGGAAGUCGAUGAAAGCCAGAUUCCUUGACGAGAUCGAGAGGAAGUUGUUGAAGAUCAGCAACAAGAACCGGUUGCGGGUGUGUUUUCUGCACUGGUUUGAUUGGACGGCUACUGUCCGAAGAAAGUUGGCAGAACGGUCGCUGAGCGCGAGUUUGUCGUCUUCUCCGAUGAGUAGACGGACAAGGAGUGCGAGAAGUUCACCCCAUCCUCAUAGUCCUCAAGGUUCAUCUCCAGUUGUAUCCUUUUCAACAGCAAGAGCCAGCAGGAGUUGGAAUCAGAAUCAUAGAAGUGGUAGAGUUUUCACCUCUCCAGGUGGAGCCUCAACGACAUCUGGGGUAAGCAUUACCGGUGCUCGCAGUUUGCAGAGGACUGCCUCCACAAGAAAUGUUCUCUCCAAGGGUGGUGAAUUCAACAGUACUCGUCGGAGAUCGGGGAAAAAUGAAUCAGCGAGGAAUAGCGACUUUUUGAAGGACCUUUCAUCUGGUGGAAAGAAUGCGAACGCAUCAAAGAGUACUAGUAGUCUGAUG